AUGCAAAAAUUGACUCUCAGACGUGACCAGUGGAGAGUUGAGAGUUUAUCGCGCUGGUGGGCUCCUCUGUCCUCACUCUGGCGAUCUUCAAGCGAAGGAACUCAGGGAAGUCCGGGUGUACAGCAAUCAUGGCAAGACUUUGAUUGUCUGUUUCUGACGACGGUAGGCAAACAUUCUUGUCGCAGGACAACGAGAAUGCCUCUGCUUCUUCGAUUUGAGCUGUAUCAAGGGCACCUGAAAUCGCCGAAGAUAACGGACUCGGUUCUGAUGCAUUGA